CACAUUGUGUGACGUUUACUGGUGCCGCUGCUCUGUGAUCGUCCGUGUUUUCCGGAGGAUUUGGAACGCCACAACCUUAAAAUCGAAGGAUUUUCAUCAAAACCCGGGCGCAUUCGCGCCGCUGGCCCGGGGCCACCCGAAGGCAUAAUGCAAGUUCGGUAGUUGUGGUGAAAUAUGUCUCAAAAUUGCGUCAAGCCCUCUCGGACAGCGUCGCAUCUACGCACCGAGUCUAGCCGGCAGUGAUGUGCUUGUUCGAGAAGCAUCAAGAUUUUGACGUUUUGUGGUGUAUAUUUAGAUUGAAAACUUUAAGCUUUUUCUAGGUAGGGCUUUAAAAAAGUAAAACCAUGGCAGCAUCAGCCGUGCAAUUCGUUCAAGUUGGGGCAAAACCGCAGUUCAGCAAGCAGUUCAACAUGCGUCGGACACUUCCGCACGCAUGCUGUAUCGACGUCAGCGAAGGUACAUUGCAAAAAGAGUUCCACGAGAUGUUCAGGAUGCCCGUAGAAAAAAAAAAAGCAGACAAGAAGAAUAAGAAGAAGGCCAAGAACCUCAAAGAACGACGGAAGUUUAAGCAAAGCAAGAUAGCCGACGUUCAGCCGUGGAGGGCACCGGUCCUGGAAAUCCGUGGCAACCCAUCCCCCUUUGCAGUAUUCACAAACGUGCGUCAGUGCAUUCUGGUCAAACAUCUCCGGGACUCUGCGUGUUACUUUUACUGGGCGUCCCUCACCUCACACCGGGGGUCGACGGACUCCGAUUCGGACACCGAGCACGACGGAGGAGCAGAAGGCGCAAACGACGAACCGCGCUCCAUCUCCAAGAUGGUGGGCAUCGGCCUGUGCAGCAUGUUCGAGUUGAUGCGAGAGAGUCGAAUGACGCAGCCUACUUUGUGUCUUGCUGUCUUACGAGCCUUGCUCGACGUUUUGCAAGGACAGCAACCUGAAGGAUUCAGGACAGAACCACCAGAAGUCAUUGACAAACUCUACGACCUUCUACUGGAUUUGGCAACUGCUACACCGCCAGUGCUGGAAGCACCUCACACGAGUGACACGGAACAAGUGUUAUCCCAACUGACAUCGUAUGCGUGCGCGUGCCUUCUCAGCCUUGUCGUUGCAAAGGGUGACACGGCCAAGCUACUUGGAGCGACCUCUUCUCUCCUGAUGAGUCCCCGGAGCCUAACCUUAGACGAGAUUCCUACACCAAACAUUCUUAUAGCACUACAGAAAAGCGUACAGGCCGUUCUACUCGGCAAGACAAGGCGUCCCGACUGGCUGACACACGGUGUGCCGUGGGCAGCACACUGCCAAACAUUUUCGCUUAAAAUUCCAAAGCUUCCCGGAACAGCAAAAUCAGCAUCGUCGAUAUCAUUACCACAGUGCUUCAUCACAUUGGAUGGGAAGUUCUUGUAUGUCUUCAGGCAGGGAGUGCUGCAUAAAUUUGGAUCUGGCUUUGGUGGCACUCUGAAGGGCGAACUGCUUCAGAGCCAAUCUGUAGAAGGUUCUGGGUGGAUAGGAGUGGUACAGGGAAACCUGUACGUUCAUCGUUCCACGCCAUUAACAUGCGAGUUUCUGAAGGUAGACACAGAGACCCUAAAAGUCAAGGAAGUGAUAGAACUACAUGAAAAUGGCAGGAAUGCGUUUUUCAGUGAUGGCGAUUCCCUCGGUCUCAUAACAUCUUCCAAGGACGACAGCUUCGUGAUCAGAAUGUACAAACCCUCGUCGUCAGGCUUGUCAUGCACAACAGAACUCAACCUGAAGCUGGCGCGCAAGUGUGUACAGGUCUUCGGCUCCGGGAUGUUCUCUGAGGAUGCUGGAAACCACAUGCUGAAUAUGGGGUCGGACGAAGAUCCCGUUUCCAUCAUGUGCGGAAAAGACUUUGCCCUAGCCAGGACGUCGCCUGGAAAGAUACUUUACACCGGCAAGGCCCAGAGCCUCGGAAUCAAACAAGGGGGACCCCCGUUCGGCAAAUGGGCUGAACUCACGGUCACAAAAGCUCCCAAGAUGGUGGACUGCUCUGUGGGCCACGACGGACUCCAUGCACUGCUGGUGGCCGAGGAUGGAUCCGUAUUUUUCGUAGGGAUGGCGCGGCGUGGUGAAGACGGUGAUCAAGGCAAGGGAAGACGACAGCCCAAACCAACCAAACCAAAGAAAAUGUUCAAGCUCGAGGGACAGUGCGUGGUGUCGUCUGCCUGUAAUAACGGUACGAGCGCCGUGGUCACAAGAGAUGGGGAACUGUACAUGUUUGGAAAGGACGCCACUCACGCCGAGCAUGCAACUGGUCUGAUGGCAGACCUGAAAGAGGUGACUCAAGUGUCGCUGGGAAAAGCCCACGCUGUGGCCAUCACGUUGGAGGGCCAUGUGUACACGUUUGGAAUCAACCACAAGGGACAGUGCGGAAGGGAGUUCACCCAUAGUGGAGCCAAAGAAGUGCCAACGCUACCGCUGGCACUGUCAGCCCCUUCCGGUGUGGGAACCGCAUCUGGUGGUACAAUGGGAGAAGAGGAAGAUGAAGAGCUGGAGUCUGAAGACCCAGAAGUAGUGUGCCCUCCAGGGAAGCACCGUUGGAAGCACAACCACUGUAUGGUGUGCACUGUAUGCGGAGAAUGCACCGGCUAUGGACCAAGCUGCAUUGCCAGCGGGAGGCCUGACCGUAACCCAGGCUUGCCUUGUGGAUGUGGAGCAGGAGACUCAGGCUGCGAAGAGUGUGGCUGCUGUCGAUCCUGUGCUAGAGAGGAAGAUUACGAGGCAGAAGUGGCUGCAGCGUGGGCAGCUCCAGGUGAUGCAGCUGGAGCAGCUCCGCCACCUGCCCUUCUAGACAACAAGCAGGCUGACAUUAUAAUUUUUGACAUGCGUUAUGGUGGUCGUGCUGGGGCUCGAUUAGAAGACAAACUGCGCCGAAGAAUUGAAGAGUACCGCACCCACCAUAGACGGAAACAAGCGAUUCACGCUAUUAAAGCUGGAGUUCUCAAGGGGGCCAGUGGAGUUGUCCUGGGCCCCAGUUCCAUUCCACCGCUUCCAUUCAGGGCGGCUCUUGGUGCAGAUCUUCCUCACAAAGCUCCUUCUGGAGCCUUACUCACAGACGACGCUGUAGGAAGUGACCACGAGCGCGAGGCGUCGAAGCUAACAUCUUUGCCUCCUGCACGUCUCUGUUUACCAUGUGAUAGCCCAGUCAUUCAGGCUGCUUGCGGCAUGCACCAUACUGUACUCCUCCUUCAGAAUGGGCAAGUGUACACCUUUGGAAGCAAUCAGCAUGGGCAACUGGGCCAGGGAGACCUUCUUCUUCGAGGCACCCCAUCUCUAGUGCUGAUGCCAUCACCAGUAACUCAAGUAGCAGCCGGGAGUAAUCAUACAGUGAUGCUAACUGCCACUGGUCAAGUGUACACAUGUGGGAAUUACCAGAAAGGACAACUAGGGCGAGGCCCAGGGGCCGAAGAAGGAAGGAGACGGGGAAACAGGGACGCUGGACCGUGGCACGCAUGUCCCGGUGCAGUCCCGGGUAUUGAAGUGAAGCAGGGUCGGCGUGCCACAUGGGUGGGAGCGUCGGGCGACCACACGUUUGUCAAGUUGGACGAGUUCCUGACCAGCGCGAGCAGUCUAGCCCAGUGUAGCGUUGUUGCCAACAAGAACUGCAUUGGAGUCAUUCCAAAAGAUACAGAACAAGUGUCCAAGUUCAAAUGCCUCAUGAUCAACAAAGCCGACGGAACAUGCAGAGGGUUCAACUCAGCAGAACAGAUGGAUUUCAAGAACCACGCCACAAGCUUUGACAGCGUCUACAACAUUCUGUGGAGCUUGAAUCAAAGAACACACGAAGUGAGCUACUACAGUGUGAUUGCCGGUGAAGCCAUUCCCCUGAGCACGUCCCUCGAAGGGCUGGAACCACCUGUGUAUCGCCUGCCGGGACCCCUAGGCCCCGAGCUCUGUGUCCCAGGUGUAGCGGGGCACCCUGUGGGACGAUCGCAGGCUGCACUUUACCUGCUCGCAUGCUUGGACGUGCUAACUGCCGCACAGGAACGGGAGCUGCGGGUUCGUGAUGAUGAACAGGCCCGACAUCAGGGGUUGUCCAGGGCUCACGCUCGGGAAGAUUUCUCUGCCGUUAACCGCUUCGAGAGUCAUGGAGGAGGAUGGGGUUACUCCGGCCACUCCAUUGAAGCCAUUCGCUUCAUGACCGACACCGACAUCCUUCUUGGCGGCUUUGGACUCUUUGGUGGCCGCGGAGAGUACACUGCAAAGUUGCGGCUGUUUGACAUUGGUGUUGAAGGCGGGGAACAGGAGACGGAUGGGGAACUGCUGGCGGAGACGGAGGAGAUGCCGUACGAGUGUGGAGCAAGGCACAAGUACCCCAUGCUGUUUGAGGAGCCCAUCCCGCUGCAAGCGAACCGCUGGUACGUAGCCUGGGCUCGCAUCUCCGGUCCGAGCAGCGACUGCGGAUCGGGUGGCCAAUCCAUCGUCACAACAGAAGACCAGGUGGUGUUCUACUUCAGGAGCUCAAUGAAGUCGAACAAUGGGACGGAUAUCAAUGCUGGCCAGCUGCCUCAGCUUCUCUAUCGGGUCAUCACCCCGGACAUUCAGUCAUCGAGUCGUCCCUCCGAACACUCUGAGCCCGUCUUGAUUCUGAGCAAUCGCUUCUCGAAGACGGUGACCCCCGAGUGCUUUCAUUCCUUGUUGCGUCUGCUGCGCUGGAGCUGGCAGAGCUUCAAAGGUGGCCUUUGUGAUGCCAUGGAAGGGGUUGGGUCUGCUGACAGAGCCCUACUGCUGGACCUUGGCCGCCUCCUGUACAUUUGCGCAGCGUCACUUCAUCUGCUUCGGAUUUACAUAAAUGAAGUCUACACUGCAGGACCAUUUGCCAAGAAAAUGACCCCUGAGUCUCAGCGUGUCGCCGAGUGCAUAGCAGAUGCGAGGACUCUCCUCCAACUGAUUCUCUCCGACCGUGGCAAGAUCAGUUUGGCCGACCUUUCCCCUACAGACUCGCACCACAACUGCACUGAUGUGGAUGAAAGUGGUGCUUCCUUGCUAGAAACCUGCGUUGCGAUGCAGGCCACACUCCUGGAUGAGUGCGACAUGGCAUUCAUGUCGUGCUAUCACGCCUUCUACCCUAGCACAACGCUCAAGUGGCGCGGUCUUUGUGACUUGCUGCUUACUCUAGGCAGGCAACCAUGCUCAUCAGACACGGGUACGAGCGAUCGCCUGCUAGCAGCCGUGCUUGCCUCUCUGUGCUCCCCAAUUGUCCGUCUAGUAUCCUUGCUUCCUCCGUGCCUGGACCGAGACGUUCGCCCUUCGGAGGGAACCAGCAGUGGCGGGGCAAAUUCUUCGCCUUCCCCAGAAACACCUGUUUCGGCUGGAGGAGACCUUGUCCCGACUGAUCUGAUUGUGGUGCAAGACUAUGCUCCAGACUCUUCCAUGCUGUAUCCCGUGCUGGUUGACACAAUGAAUCGCAGGACAGAUAAAGAAGGACGUCGGCCGGGGCCUUGCAGUUUUCGUGAGGUCUUGCAGUGCCUCCUGGACAUAGUCGUCGGCCCUGUACAUAGUAUCUUGAAGAAUGAGCCGUUGAAGCACUCUAAAAAGUUGGUGUCUAGUACGUGUGCAUUCCUAUCAGCGGUCGUAGCAGAACUUUCCUCACAGACCAUUGGUUGUGUGGUGGACGUGCAACGCGCUACGCGGCAAGCACUCCACUGCACGCCGUCACGGUUCACACGUGUGAGCCAGAAUCGCACGUGGAACACCGGCAAUGGAUCGCCCGAUGCCAUCUGCUUUAGUGUCGACCGUUCCAACAUUCUUCUAGCCGGAGUCUGCAUCUACGGAGGAGUGGGCAAUGAAUGGCAUUAUGAGCUUGAGCUUCUUGACGAUAGUGGAAGUGGGGGUGAUCCUUCACACACACAGCGCUGGAAGACACUCGAUGUCACACGAGGCACCUUUGGACCAGAGGACUGCUAUGGCGAUGUUGCUGAACUCAAGUUUGACAGGCCUAUUCCGAUCAAGGAAAACGUCAAGUAUGCGUUACGUCUCCGAAAUCACGGGGCUCGCACCAACAACGGUGAUGGCGGGCUCACGCAAGUGAAGGGUCCCGAUGGCACACUGUUCACAUACAGUGACUGUUCACUCAGUUUCAAUGGCACAAACCAUACGCGAGGUCAGAUACCGCAGAUUCUGUACUACAGCACACCACUUGACACUGAGAGUCAACAGGCAUCUAGGGACCUUGCAGAGCUUCAGGCACGACGGAAUGCUCUUAGCAUCUGCAGUGCAAUUGUAAAAGCCAGUGCGCAACUUCUUUCUGAAGCAGUUGCCAAAGAAGAUGACAAAAUUGUUCAAGGCGUCGGAUCUUCUCUUCUGAUGACACAGCUUCUGCCUCUUGUUCUGGCUCAUCUUUGUCCCAUGGCAUCGACAGAUGCAAGAAGUGCAGUGGAAGUGUUGGAUAUGGUUCAGAAGCUACUCAAGUGGGUGGCAGUUCUGAAUCAGAGAAGCAAAGCCCCAAUAGGUGAUUCGUCUAUGCCAGCAGAUCCCUCUCAGGAAGGGUCUGAGCGUGUGCAUUACGCUGUCGUUGAGAGUGACCACCCUUACAAGCCAUCCACUGUCUCAGUUUACAAGGUUAAAUUUCCACCAACUGUGCGUUGGAUGGCACUUGAGUUUGACCCCCGUUGUGGCACUGCCCAAGCGGAAGACUGCCUUCAUCUGUACAUCACCAACGGAAGCAAAGGUCAGCGACCUAGUGUGCCUGCAGAUGACAGGGCUGACGAGGACGACGAAGAAAGCAGUCCUUAUUGGCCCGUGCUGCGAAAAUUUGGUGGCUCGAUGGACUGGCCGAGCACCGCUACCAUUGUUCCAGGAAAUGAGGUUGUUUUCUCACUGGAGACGGCCUCAGAUUAUGUGAAAGAUGAGAAAGCCAACAACUAUGGUUUCCGCUGCCAAGUAACAGGGUACGAAGGAAUGGCAAACUGUGGAACUACCCCGUCCUCCUGCCCAUCCGAGGGCUUGAAGCACCUGGAGAAAGAGCUAGCCUACCUUGGUGGCAUGUGCGCUGCAUCACUCCUUCGCAGGGACCUCAUCUUACCAGCCGUGUCAUCAAGCGAAGUGGAGGAAGACUUGGAUCUGGUUGACUACCUCGCUCAUCAGGUUUUUGACAGCCACUCAAUGCUCCUGUCCCGUGGCUUUGCUCUGGCACAUCCUCCAACGAUCCAACAGGCGUUAGAAGGAAUGCUUCCAUUCAGCGAUCAGUCCAAUGAGAGACCUUUUCUCAGGGACUUUGUGGCUUGCAACCCUGGAACAAGUGGUGGACGUCUUGCAAGAUGGCUUCAGCCAGAGUCGUAUGUUGACCCCAAGCAGUGCGAACUCGUCUGCAGUCAGGAAGAGUUGAAGUGCGGAUGGCCUUCGGUAAUCACAGUAGUGACAAAGGACCAGUACUCAAAAGUGGUUAGGGUCCCCAACAUGAAGGUGGAAGUACGUGCUGUGCCCAUGAACACUUACAACAAGGAUGGUUUGUCGAGUCCCUGUCGGAAACUCUCUCACCAGUCAAAGACCGAUGGAGGUUGCCUAACCUUCGGAGGUCACCCAGCACCGGCUUUAGACAUUCCUUAUGAGGUCACCAUCAAGGAUAAGAUGCUCUAUCAUGCCAUAUCUGUAAUGAAGCCAUACGAAGAAUACUCCUUCGAAGAGUUGCGAUUUGUGUCUCCGACGAAAAAGCGCCUGAUCGAGACUAUGCUGGUGCGUGCCAACAACGAUGGCACCUAUACUGCCAACUGGACCCCAGGAUCGGUAGGGUGGUACUUGUUACAUGCCACCAUUGACAGUUUCGAAAUUGGAAGCUCCCAGUGUCACCUGGUAGAAGUAAAGGAACCCCCUCAUGGUCUCGUCAUCCCGACCAGAAGUUUCUCACAAAAAUCGAGUCAUCAGCCAAACAAAACAAGAAAGUUCUUCGCAAAAUUCAGUGCCGGUCUCCGUAUCCGUAGCCAUCCGUCCUUGCAGAGCAAGCAAAUUGGAGUCAUUCAGGUUAAUGGAACAGUCACAUUUAUUGACGAGCUUCACAAUGACGAUGGCGUCUGGGUACGGCUCAGUCCCGAGACAAUAAAGACUUACUGUCAGAACGGCUACUCCGAGGCUUGGUGCUUGCAGUACAACCAGCACAUUGGAAAAACGCUGCUGAUUCCCAUCGAGGAACCCAAGUCUGUUCUCGAAGAAUUCUUCAGCGACAAGGUGACACUCAAGAAGAAGGAGGAAACUAAACUGAUAAGAAGAGGGCCAGGGUUGUACCACGUAGUGCGCUGUGGUGCAUCAGGUCACAACGUCAGGAGCAAGCCUAACCUCAAGGCACCUCCCGUAGGAAUGCUUGUCCUAGGCAACACGGUAACAGCAGUCGAAGACAUCAGCAACGCGGAUGGGGUUUGGCUACGGCUCAGCCGCGACAGCAUGAAGCACUACUGCUUCAGUUCUGACGGAGAGGCCUGGUCCCUGGCACGAAAUGCUUCGUCGGUGGAAGUGGUGUACCUGAGGCACGAGUCUGAAGUGAUGCAAUCCGACGAAAGUGAUGAAGAUGGUUUCAAGGGAACGUCACGCUCCAGGUCCCAGAGAGCAAGUGAAGAUGGUGUGACUUCCUCUGCAGCGCCAGCGUCUAAAGGAUAUGACUUUGGGUCUAUAGCACCUUCGUCGGGUAUGCAGGCACCACUUCAACUUUGUGGAUCAGGUAGCCCAAGUAUCUUUACAUUUGGAAGUGGAACUUCUGACCAGGAGGGAGGUUCUUCAGGAUCUGCGAGUCCCUUCAUAUUCGGCUCUCCAGCUUCUACGCCGUCUACAUCGAUGAAUACUCUCACCGAACCGGAGCACACCAAGUACUCGGACCACCUUGAUUCCCUCACCUCAAGCAGUUCAGCAAAUGUGUGUCCACAUCGUUCUCCAACUUCUCGACCACGCCGACAAGUUGGAACAUCCCCGCCGGUCGCAGCAGCGUCACCGCCUCGCGCCAUCCCACCGGAACUACGGGGCGUCUCCGUGCGGGAACUUGUCCGCGCGAUAGGUGAGAGCCGUGCCAACGGGAACGGCGUCACCCCUCCUCACACGCCACCGAGCACGCCACCCGUCAGGCGCCGAGGUUCGUCGGCGAGUACGGAAAUGGCGCGUUCCUCUAGCCCCGUCCCAAUACCUGGAUCGUCCCCAGUGCCGAGCUCCUACUCCGACUCUGUCAUGGGAAGAUCUGACUCGGGGGGCUCACCAAUGAUGUCCGGCAGCGGCGUAGUUCUUCGUGACAACUGGUCAGAAUCUGGUGGGUAUAAGAGAAGAGGCUCAUCUCCGAGACGAGCGUCAAUCCAGAGUGCAGGAAGCGUAAGUUCACUGGGCAGCUUCUUCCGUGAGCUCCGCGACACAUCAGCGACUGGUUGCAUUGGUUGUAUAACUCAACGUACCACCGACAGCCCAAUCAGUACCCCUGGAACUCCCAAAAAGGAAUGCCUGUCUCCGAAUCCAUCCUCAAAGUCCUUCGCGCAAACUGGAACCCAGACUAGCCCAGAAACCGGGGUUCGUGGGCACUUCAGCAUAGGCAGCGGCGGCAGGGGUGACGAAAGCCCCCGCGCUUCUUCGAAACUGUCACGCCGAAGCCCGGCGGCAAGCGGCCGUCACACGCUGCGGACAAAGCGUGACCGUCCGCACUCCCCUGCUGAAACGGCCCAGUGCAGCACCCCUGCGGAGGUCGUCCAUGAGGCCAUGUCCCCUUCCGUAGCCGAGUGCCUGCGUGCUGUCUUUGCUGCUCUGCUGUGGCACGAAGGAGUGGUCCACGACGCCAUGGCAUGCGCGUCUUUCUUGAAAUUCAACCCCGAGCUUCCAAAGAUGGGCCAGGGAUCCAGGAGGGGCGUAGUGACAUCCUCCGCUGCCGCUCCGCUCACGAAAGAGCAGAAGGCGCGGUUCCGCCACUCCGUUGAGGUGUCUUCCCCCGGCUUGCUGCACCUUCAGAAACUCGAGCUGCUGCCACAACAUGAGCAGCUCAACGAAAAUGUGAAGCGUACGUUUGUUCCCGUAGAAGGAGUCCCCCAGGCACCCGCGCCGGUCGCUGGGACCGAAGGGACCGGUUCCGAGCUGCCGCGCUCGCUGCAGUUACUCGUCGUCUUGUGGGAGCAGAUUUCCGGGGCCUGCAUGAGGGCCAUCGGGCAGCAGCUCGUGCUUCCCAGCCCGCUCGCGAGCAGCAAGACGUUCCAGCGGCUCGAGCGAGCCAGGGGAGUGGACAGGCGGCGGACGAAGAAGAAGAGAGAGCUGCGGUCCUCCAUCAUAGCGUCCCGCGCGGGACAGCUGAGCGAGGCGAACAGCGGGGAGACCAUGUGCGAACUCUGCGGCACCCUCUGCCCUCACCCCGUCACGUAUCACAUGCGGCAGGCGCAUCCGGGCUGCGGAGACCACGCGGGCGGGAAGGGAUACAACAGCGCCGGGCUAUUCUGCGGCGGCUGGGCUGGCAACUGCGGGGACGGUGGUGUGGCGAGCAGCAGCUGGUACCUCGUCUGCGACCGCUGCCGUGAAAAAUUCCUGCGCCAGAAGCAGCAGAAAAAUUCUCAUCCCAGAGCAACGGCGACCGCGCAUCGCAGGAGCGUCGCCGUCACUGCGGCGCGCGUGCUGUCGCCGAUGCAGGGAGACGUCCACCACAACAUGAAACACAAUGCUCUUUUCCUCCUGGAACUCUCGAGCUCCGCCACAACGUCGCGGUCGAGGCGGAGCGGUGGACUUCCCAGCCUGCUGGAGAAGGAAGGCGGGGUGACGAGCAAUCCCUUCUUGAUACCCGGACAGUUUCAGUGUUUGGACGCACUGGGUGUGCCAAAGGUGGGGUCGCAGUACAUUUUUGGAGAGGAGUACGUGGUGGGCGAGAGCAGUGCCGUCAGUGUGACGACGCCGGAACCGGAUUUCGAGACUUUUGCCUUGACAAACGGCAACGAAGCUGCGGAAGACAGCGUGUUGACGGAAAGAAGCAACGAAGCAGGGUGCAGCAGGGCGCAUGGCAACGGUACGGGAAGCAGGGCAUUUCAUCGUUCCGUGUCCGUCGGAUUGACUCACCUCGACUGGAUACAGAAGGACUCCGUCGAGGCUGCGCCCGAGGCGCGUGCAAGGGUCGUCCCGCGCAAGAGGAACAACAGCAGUGGGAGCGAAGGCAUGUCCUCCAUCCUGUGCCAGCCGUCAGCGGUGCUAACGAAGCUGGUGUCGGCAGAGAGCAAUAGGGCUGCGGUGGACCUCGUCAUGCAGCGGCCAGUCAUGGUCUUUGUACUGCAAAGGCACGACUUGGACAGCUUGCAGCUAGCCAUCCAACAGGCUCUGCGCAAAGCUAGUUGCCGAGUCUAUGCGAUGCAGGCGUUCAACUGGUUGCUUCGUAACGUGACACAGUUAACAUCCCUUCACGAUCUCCUGUGGUGCUUUGUGGCGGCCACUUCACCAGCACCUCCCUGCCCAGACCGUUCAGACGAGGAACUUCCAGAGCAGAAGGAAGAAGCUUCACGAAAGAAAGACUUGGCUGAGUUGGACAAAGAGGCCACCUGCGAACACCCUCUCUCAGACCUCGCACUGGCCGGAGAGGCCUGCUGUGGUCCCCUUCGAGAGUCAUUUCACACACUUCUGCAGACUGUGUCCGAUCUCCUUGUGUUCCUGCCCCCAUGCUCUGCCCUCCAGCAGAUGGCGAUGCAGUGUUGGAGGUUGCGUUUCCACCAGUCAGAUCAUGCAUUCCUCCAUCGCUCUCAUGUUUUCUCCAGUAUAUCUCGCAUCUUAUCUCAUUCCGAAGAGGCUGCAGCUGUUCAGGACGAUUCUCCUGAUUCCGCGGUACAUCCCGAGAGCGAACAAAUGUCCUCUGCAAGUAUAGAGGUCCUCAAAGACGUGACUGCUGUGACAGAGAUUAAGGCGUCUAGUCGUCAAGCGAUGGUGAACAGCCUGACGGAUAAUACGACGGAAACCUUCUGGGAGUCUGGGGACGAGGACCGCAACAAGACAAAAGUACUAACGCUGACGUGCAGCAACCUGGUGAGGCCACGAAUGGUUUGCGUUCACGUGGAUAACUGCAGAGACCUAGCGAACAAAGUGAGCACUAUCACUUUCAAGUCUGGCCUCAACUCCGAGGAAUUAAGAAAGUUGAAGCAGGUGGAAGUAGAGAGUCGCUACACUGGCUGGGCAAGCUGCGUGGUGCCAGACCCAAACCACGGGGUGUUGCGUCUGGAGCUGAGGGGUCCAGACAACAGCCUUAGACUGCGGCAAUUAAAGGUGUUGGGACACCAACCAGGUAUCGCGCAGGGGCUAGCGGGCAACGCGGAACUUCCUGCAGGAGACUGCUGCUCUGCUAGAAUCCAGCAGAAGAACUGCGAAGCCGAAACGCUCAGGGUUUUCCGACUGCUCACCGCACAGGUGUUUGGCAAACUACUAGGGGAAGAAGUGGAAAGUCCAGAAAAGGAGGUGCAGGCGGAAAUGAGUGCUGCAACUAGUCCAGAACGCCUGGACACAAGUAAUGAUCUCAAAGAGCACAUGGUCGGAAUUCUGUUCAGCCGGAGCAAACUGACGCACCUGCAAAAACAAGUAUGCUCCCAUAUUGUGUCCGCAAUCAAGAAAGAAACAUCCCGUGUACGUGACGAGUGGGAAUCCGCCCUGUUGGGCGGCGGUACAAGCGGGGCCAAUCGGGGCGCGGCACCUGGCAGCCCAACCUCAAGAGGUGGAGGUAGAGAGAGCACUCCCGCAGAUACCUAUUGCUUUGAGAUGCUGUCCAUGGUGUUGGCCCUGAGUGGCUCUGCAGUGGGACGGGCCUACCUGUCCCAACAGGCUGGUCUACUGCGAGAUCUCUUCAGUCUUCUCCAUACUGGCUCUGCGAGAGUCCAGAGACAGGUGACGUCUCUGUUACGCCGUGUUCUCCCGGAAGUACCUCCCCCUGUCCUAGCCAAUGUGCUUCAAGUUGGAGGGCUCCCACCGAUGGACUACGGCAUCACGCCCGGCACAUCCGCCACUGCAGCCGCCCCUCCGCUCGACAUGGAACGUGUUGGACUCCUGGACGUGCUCCUCGGCUGCAUUGCCAAGGCGCUCCACGUGCUGACCAAAGUUCGAGGAGGGCGUGGGGUUACGGGGUCGUCCCUGUCGUCAGGGGUGUGCACCAGCAGGCCGAGCGCUCGUUGGUGGCUGCGUGGUUCCGUGUCACCCAUGCUGGCACAAGGAAUCAUACAGUUGUUGAGGGACAUGGCCGGAGGCAAGCUGACAGAGCCCUGGGCAAAGGUCACCAAAGCAGCCAUUGCGGAGAGCAUCCUGAACUUCACUAAACUGGAUGAGAAAUAUCGAACUCCAACAGAGUGUCUCAAGACUCCAACAUUGUGGCUGGCCCUGGCAUCUUUGUGUGUUCUGGAUCAAGACCAUGUGGAACGGUUGUCCUCUGGACAGUGGGUAAGAGGCCGCAGUGAUGGACUUCAGCCACAGCCUCGGCCAACAUGUGACAACCAUGAUGAUGGAGAAACGCCUGCCAUCAUCUCCUGCAAUGUUUGUGGAAACGUCUGUGCAGACUGCGACAGGUUCUUGCACCUUCAUAGGAGAACAAAGUCGCAUCAGCGGCAGGUGUUUAAAGAGGAGGAGGAAGCUAUCAAGGUGGAUCUCCAUGAAGGCUGUGGUCGAACUAAACUGUUUUGGGUGAUGGCCCUAGCUGACUCAAAGACACUCAAGGCUAUUGUUGAAUUCAGGGAAGGCGCCAAAGGCAAGACUACAUCAUCAUCAUCAUCGUCAUCAUCAAACAAUGCCACAUGCCGUUUCUGUGGUGCGCUUGCAAAUGCAGGCCUACUAUCCUUGGGAAAUGUUUGUUCAGAUUGUCAGGAACAUGCAGCUAAUGCCUGUUCGAAGGUUCACCCAUGUGGACACAUGUGUGGAGGCAUCAAGGGCGAGACAACGUGUCUUCCCUGCUUGCAUGGUUGUGGUAAUCCUCAGGGGCUGAGGCAAGAUGCAGAUGACAUGUGCAUGAUUUGUUUCUCUGAAGCUCUCUCCUGUGCACCAGCCAUUCAGCUGACCUGCGGGCACGUAUUUCACCACCACUGCUGUCGAACGGUGCUCUCCAAGAGCUGGACGGGGCCACGCAUCACGUUUGGAUUUUCCCUCUGUCCCAUAUGUAAGGCUUCAAUGGCACACCAUGUGCUACGUGGUUUACUCGAACCAAUCAAAGUGCUCUACGAAGAUGUGAGGAGGAAAGCACUCAUGCGAUUAGAGUACGAAGGCCUUCAUCGAACUGAAGCAAUCACGGUUUCUGGUGGUCGGUUCCACAACGACCCAGCUGGGUUUGCUAUGGAGAGAUACGCGUACUAUGUCUGCUACAAGUGUAAAAAGGCAUACUAUGGUGGUGAAGUUCGCUGUGACAUCGAAGCGGGCCCCAUUGAUGAAUACGAUCCGACGGAGCUUGUUUGUGGAGCCUGUUCUGAUGUUUCGAGGGCACAGAUGUGUCCAAAGCACGGGACAGAUUUCCUGGAGUACAAGUGCCGCUACUGCUGCUCUGUGGCUGUGUUUUUCUGCUUCGGAACAACACAUUUCUGCAAUGCGUGUCACGACGACUUUCAACGGGUUGCCAAUCUUCCAAAGCAUGAGCUGCCUCACUGCCCAGCAGGACCAAAGGCUAAACAGCUGGAAGGUGAAGAAUGUCCACUACACGUAAAGCACCCACCUACAGGAGAGGAGUUUGCUCUAGGCUGUGGGGUUUGCCGGAAUGCUCACACUUUUUAAAGCGAGACUCGUAUGAAUAGAAGGAAAUGCUAGUCGCCAAAAUGAAAGAGAAGGCUCUUGUGCUCUAUGUGUCUGUGAUCUGUCGUAUAAAAGGGUAUUAUAUGUUUGAA